AUGAAGCCCUUCUGUGUGAGAUGGCUCCCCAGAAAGAGCCAAAGCUGGAGGACAGAGAGGAACCGGGAGGCAGCAAAGACUCCCCGGGGUGCCUUGGACCUGCCUCUCAGUGACUCAGUCCUGACUCUGGACGUGGAGUUAAACUACCAGACCGGCUCUCCUGUCUUCACUGUCAGUGGCAUUGUGCCAGUGUAUUCAGCAACGGGUUUCCAUUCAGGGCCGAGCUUCCGGAGUUGGUUCCAUGUGCAGGAAGUGCAGAACCCUGUCUUGGUGGAGCUUCCCCACAGAGCCUCCUCCCGAGACUCUGAGGCUCCUGCGUCUGUGCAGAACUUGAGGUUUUGCUUCUCUGUGACCAUCAUUCUCCUCAUUGUCUCAGUCUUCUUUGCGCUGGUCUUCUUCAAGUAG